ACAAUACAACCCAUCAUCGGUUUCUUCAUCAAACUAUCAAGAUUUCAACAACCCAGUUCGAAUUCAGUCAGCAAACCCCCCCAGAGAGUAGAAAUCGAAUCAAAUCAAAGGAUGAGUUCAUUGAAAAGAGCUUGGAUUGCGGCGGCCGGCGUUGGAGUAGUUGAGGCCCUAAAAGAUCAGAUGGGUUUCUGCCGGUGGAAUUAUGCCAUUAGAUCCAUUCACCAGCACGCCAAGAACAAUUUAGGUACGUUCUCUCAAGCGAAGAAGCUUUCUUCUCCGGCGACGGCCGUCAUGAGGACAGGAGAUCAGGAGAGGGCCAAGCAAUCGGAGGAAUCACUUAGAAAAGUGAUGUACCUCAGCUGUUGGGGACCCAAUUGAUCUCAAAUUAGGACACAUAGGGUCACCCUUUUCAUACCAAUUAACUGUGAUCGGGUUUGGAGUUGUAAAUACAUGAUCUA